UGCAAGGCAGAGCCAGUGAGCGCGUUGCUUCAGCACCACCAGGCGCGGACAGCUCCCCGUGGGGCUCUCUUGAUCCAGCCUGGACGAUGCUGCGGAGCAAAGGGACGAGCCCAGAGCCCAGGAAGGCUAUUGAAUCUUCUCUGAAACAUCUAUCGGAAAGACAAGGGGGGCAGAGAGGGGAGCAGCCACCACACUGUUAAGAAACCGCGUCUUCGCAGCAGCUCCAGACUGAUCUACAGAAGACACUUAACCGCCUGCCGAAAAGCCACUUGUGGCUCUCCUUCUACUUCAAGGGGAUUUAAAGUGUUCCUUCGCGGAGAAGCAGGAGCCAGCAGCCUAAAGGCAGGAGGAAAAGGUUGCUGUGCACACCACCUGGAAGAGAAUCCUGAUGAACCAGGCUGGGAAGCAGAAACAAGGCCAUCAUGUAUGAAUGCACACUAAACGAAGACCAAGGGGUUAAGCCAAAGGCUUCAUAGAAAAAGAAGCAUAGUCACAAGGGAAAACCAACAUGGCAGCAGACAACCAGCUCCUCAACGACUCCUGCUCCAAUAGCUCAACUCCCGUUUUCACUGGCCUGGACCUUCUCUUUGAACUGAAGCCACUCUUCAUUCCUCUCUACGCCAUCCUGGUGACGGUGGCCUGCACAGGGAACUUUCUCCUCCUCCUCCUCAUUGGUACCACCAAAAAGUUGCACUGCACCACCAAUUUCCUCAUUGGGAACUUGGCAGCCGCCGAUCUGAUCAUGUGCAUUUUCUGUGUCCCGCUGACUGCCUCGUACGCCUUUGAGAUUCGCGGGUGGCUCUUUGGGAUGUUCAUGUGCUACUUUGUCACCCUCAUGCAAGUGGCCACUGUGUUUGUGUCCGUCCUCUCCCUCACUGCUAUCGCCGUGGACCGGUAUAUUGUCGUCGCUUACCCCAUUCGCAAAAGGGUCAGAUGCAAGUCCUGUGCCUACAUUGUGGCCUUCAUUUGGUUGCUCUCCAUCGUGGUCUCAGUCCCCACAUCCAUGCACACCCAUUACCUGGAUCUCAACAGCAUUGGCCACGACAUGAUCAUCUGCGAAGAAUUCUGGAAGCACCACAAGACCGAGAGGUGGCUGUACUCUUGCUUGAUGCUCCUCUUGUCCUACAUGCUCCCGCUCUCUGCCGUCUCCAUCUCCUACUGCGCCAUUACUUAUCGCCUCCGGAACAGGAGCGUCCCAGGGGCUGCCUACCACGGCCAAGAGAAAUGGACUAAAAAGAAGCAAAAGACUUUCCGGAUCCUCGUCAUCUCAGUCAUGUGCUUUGCUUGUUGCUGGCUCCCUCUUCAGGUGGUUAAUCUGAUCAUAGAUAUAGACGAGGAGUUUGUCGUCCUAGACAAGAGAUAUGUCAAUGUCAUUCAAGUGUCCUGUCAUGUGGUCGCCAUGAGUUCUGCGUGCUUCAAUCCAUUCAUCUAUGCCUCCCUCCACAACAAGUUCCGACUCCACAUUAGCAACUACUUUCAUCAAAGGAAGAGGUCAAGCACCAUGUGCCGCAAGGCUUCCCGGCUGAAUACCUGCUCCACUUUGGCAGAUCAUCCUGUGGGUCACAGUGAAAAAAUAGCGCUGCAAGAGAAGUUUCCUUUUAGCUCAAACCCAGCAGCCCUACAAAUAUAAGAGAGAAAUAUAAAAGCCAAACUACUGUCAAAGGUGUAUGGAGCACCUUUGCUCUCAGCUUGUAUAAUGUGUGGUCCAUAGCAGCUGGUGUGGUGGACCCCUGAAACUGGCAUCCAUUCAACUUACCUGGUUGGUGUUGGGGAUGCACAGGCACUGCAGAGCUCCUGCUAUUGGGUUUGCCCUGCCUUGCCCUGCCCUCUCUUCCUCCCUGCCCCAGCCCAGCCCUGUAAUCCAGGUAAGCUGUAAUGAUGCUGGUGCUGAACGGACAGCUCCUUGGCUCUGCAGUCCCAUCAGCCUCUACUCCUGUGUGCAUACCUGCCCUGUAGUCUGUACAGCCUGUAAAGGGGGCAGGGGCGGUUAUUAGCUGGUUUUUGUGUUUUCUGUUAUGUAUUCUGUGUUCUCGUUUUGUAUUUUCAUGUUGUGAAUUGCCCUGUGAAGGGCGGUAUACAAAUUUAAUAAAUAAAUGGAUAAAGAUAAGGAAGUGCCCUCCAUUAAAAAAAGGUUCCAGAUCUGUAAAAAUGGCAUUACUGGGAGUGGAGGACGGAUUGCAAAACCAGCAGAUGGGGUUUCUGGCUGAAGAAGUGGAGUCAGCUAAUCUGAGAAAUGCGGCUGUUAUAUAUGUUCAAUCAGAAUCAGCAUCCGAACAUAUCAUUGGCAGAAGACACACUACUUUUUGUACUUGCAAAGUGGACCAGUGCAUUUGGUAAAAGCUGACCCAAUGUUGUCAGGGCUAUAGGGCCAAAUUUAUAGAAAUCGCUUGCUUUGAACUCCAGUUUUCCCCCUCGUACUUUGUCACACCAGAGUUGAACAGAUGUGGAUGUAUAUAUUGCAUUUCCAUGCAGAACAUUCAAAAUGUUGCUUGUAAUUAUAAUUCAUGCAUUACAUCCAAGUUAUUUUUCACAAGUAAGUGAACUAAAUGGGAAUAAUUAAGUCACACUGUGCUAGUGUCUUAAUGUGCCAGUUUUAAAAGUAAGAUAAUUAUUGUGACAAUGUGAUGUGCAUGUCAGAAACUGAAAUAAAGUUGGAUAAGGGAAAAUACACUGUAAAGAGCAGCCAAUUACGUAGAUAUUUAGACCACAGCACCAAUGUAUUUGGACCAUUAACUCCUAUUCAAGAGAUAGGAAAUUCCACAAACUCCAAUAUUCUCCCAGCACCUUUAAAAACUUUUAUUCUAAAUUAUGGCUUUGCUGGAAUUGUUUCUAAGUCCAAAUAGCAUGUACAAAAAUACCUUCUCAGAAAUGGAAAUUCUAUUUUAAAAUUACUGUUAUUGUUGCUAUAGCUUUGUGGUUAAAGUUCUGCAAGUGUAUACGUAGAUUGGCAAUAAAAGGAAAGAUCUAAGUGUAAAAUGAUGCAGAAAUGCCCCCCACUCAAACUUCACAUAUAUAAUGAUCCAGUCUGAACUGGCGGUGACUAACUGGGAAAUAUAUAUUUGGUCAAUGGAUAGCUCAGUGAGGAGGUCAGAUCUGGCAAGUAGCAGCUGCGGAAAAAACAACUUCUGUUCCUGGUACUACCAGGGGAGAGACUGAAAAGAAAACUGCCAAUAUUGUAAUGUCCAUAUAGAUACCUGUGGCAAAGCCACAUUUGGAAUACUGCUUUCAAUUCUGAUCUCCACACCCCCAAAAGGAUAUCGUAGAGCUGGGAAAGUUGCAGAAAAGAGCAACUGGCAUGAUUGGGUGAGGGCGGAAUUUCUGCAGCACUUCCUUAUAAGAAAGAGCUACAGUGGUACCUCGGGUUAAGAACUUAAUUCGUUCUGGAGGUCCGUUCUUAACCUGAAAC